UCAGACUCAGUGGGUUCGCAGAGCCUGCAUGUCACACGAACCAUCAAUAAUUGCAAUAUCAUGUUUUCGAUAAUGCACCAGUCAAAACCCAAAGUGUCUCAGCGCAUCCGGAGUAAAUGGAGUUACUUACGUGGAGAAAACACACUAGUUAUGGGUGAAACCCCCAUUUUUGAGAGCGUUGAUGCACCUGUGGUGCAGCGGAUUGUGAUCACCAUCUCACUCUCUUUUUUAUUCGAAAACCGGAGCAGUGAUAAUGAGGAAGUGGAGUAGUUUACAACAGUCCACUGUUUGGGGAGUGGAACAGCUGAUCGACUGGCUGUCGGUGUCGUGAAGGUUAUGUUUGGGUGUUGGAGUCGUGGAAAGCGAGGUGUUUUUGCUCCAAAAGUCGCACGAGAGAUAAUGAAGCACGUGGUUUGAUUUCAUUAUUUACAAGUGUCCGGUUUUGUUCGUUAAUGUUUAAAAAUAAGAAUUAAUCAGCAGUUGUUGUUGUCUGGAAUUGAGAUGGGGGAAGAAUUGGAGCAAGAGUUGAAUCCUUCGGAGCUGGGGACUAAGGAUUACUGGGAAAGAAUAUAUUCCGAGGAAAUCGAUAAUUUCGAGGAUCACGGGGACGUCGGAGAGGUCUGGUUCGGUAAAAAUAAUGCCCUGAAAGUGGUCAAGUGCAUAAGUGGGGAUUUGGGUCUCUCGAGAACAGACAAGAUAGUGGACAUUGGGUGUGGCAAUGGUUGGACACUAGUUCAAUUAGCUAGGGAAGGUUUUACGGACCUGGUGGGGGUCGAUUAUGCCCCCAGUUCGAUUAACCUGGCGAGGUCGGUCCUGGCGGACAAUCAGGUCGAUCCCUGCAAGGUCCAGUUGAUGGUCUGCGAUGUGCUGAAUCCUGAUGACGAUUUAUUUCUGUAUGAGUUCAGACUCAUUCAUGAUAAAGGGACUUAUGAUGCAAUUAGUCUGAAUCCCGAUGACUCCUUGGAGAAGAGGAAGAAGUAUGUGGAGAAUGUACACAGGAUUCUUGGGGCUGAUGGGUAUCUGGUGCUGUCCUCUUGCAACUGGACGGAGGCCGAGUUGAUGAAUCAUUUCAUUAACUAUUUUGAUGUCGUACUUACGAUCGAAGCCCCCGCCAUGAAGUUCGGUGGUAGAGUCGGCCAAUCAGUGACAAAUGUAGUAUUCAAAAAGAAAUAAAGCUAUUUAAUGAG